AUGGACACCACACUUGUGAAUGCAGAUGCAGGGCCUUCCGAUGUCUCACAGAACAAAGGUGGGACCUCGGAACCGUGGUCCACACGAGUGCGCAGUGCCCAUUCAACAUGUUAUCCACCACAAUAUGUGGUUCGGCGAGUACCGAGAGGUGGGAAAAAGCCGGUUCAAGAUAGUAAAGCGGACAGCGUGAAUAGCCAGGUUGAGAAAAUACGAGUGAUACUGUUUGUUACUUCUGAUGGCCAAGCUGAAGAUGGAGCUCCAGAGCCCACCCUCAGUGCAUGCUCGCCACAUUUUGACUCACUUUUUGAGCAGAACCCAACAACCACUCCAUCUCAAGCUCACCAAACCACCACACAAGUGAUUGAUCAAAGUUUGAGAGAGUUUGUGGAAGAGUUUUUCAUUGAUGCCUUUGCUUCAUAUGACUACAAAACGGAGGCCGAAGUGAAAACAUGGUUGUUUAACCUGAAUAAAAUCAUGGAGUCCUUGAAUGCAAAGUAUGCCACACAGGAUAUAAAGGGGUAUGUGCUUCCUGACAUUCCUGCUCUGACAGAAACACACCUUUUCUACCCCAAGAGGGAAAAUCCGACAAGACUUGGAUUAGACAGUCAAAUUGAUGCUGAUGCUUUCUGA